GUUCAGUAUCGCGAGCAAGUCUUUCCUCAAUCGAUCCAGUAUUUAAGCGAAAUCGCUCGUCUUCGCUCGUACAAUUAGUGCAAAUUACUCCGCGAAAUCAAGUCUAAGUGCCUGUGUGAACUUUGAAGAUGAAUGGACACAAAUGGGUCAAGUUCUCGGGUGAGCAGAGUAUAAUGCCGGGAAUGAUUCACAUCGGCCCGGAUCUGGAUGGCGUGCCUCUGGUCGUUGGUCGCGCUCAUCAUCACGGCAAUGUGCUACCUGCAAAAGUGAAACCGGAACAUGGCAUUGCUUAUGUUAGUCAUAACUCCAUCGAGCACAAAAAAUGCGAUUUCAAAGUCCUGCUGCCUACUAAGUUUAACUGUGUUCAAGCGGGGCACGGUCACGUCCCACCAUACGCGGUCGAAGGUGGAAAAACGGUGGAAGGAGAACCGCUUUACAUUGGUCGUGUGGUCGAGAAUGGCGUACCGUGCGUAGGGAAGAUUCACAGGAGCCACGGUUGUCUGUACGUGCCCUACGACGGCAAGGAAUUGUCAUUCAAAAACUACGAAGUUUUGGUGCAACAUUAACACAAACAGCCGAGCAAAAUAAAAUUCAUUGCAAUUUCGU